AUGAAGUCCUUCGCCAUUGCUGCCGCCUUUGCCGGCGCCGCUGUCGCCAUGCCCCAAGGUGUUACCCAGUCCAUCUCNCCCAAGACCGGACCUCCCUCAGGCUGCUCCGAGAACUUCGAUGGCGAGUUCAGCAUCUCAAUUGCUAACGUCACCACCAACGCCAAGCGUGACCUCGAGACUCGCCAGGACAAGGUCCUCACCAUCACUCUCAAGAAUGGUACCUUGACUGAUGACGAGGGCCGCACUGGUUACAUUGCCGCCAACAACCAGUUCCAGUUCGACAAGCCCGCCCAGACCGGUGCCAUCUACACCUCUGGUUUCUCCGUCUGCGGUAACGGCACCCUUGCCAUUGGCGACUCUGCCAUCUUCUACCAGUGCUUGAGCGGCGACUUCUACAACCUCUACGACCAGUCCACUGGUGCUCAGUGCUCUCCCAUCUACAUCAACGUCCUCAAGUCUGGCGCUGUUGCCUCCAGCGGUGCUGCAACCCAGAUUGGCGAUGGUCAACUCCAGGCCGCCACCUCCACUCAGGCCGUUUCUCAGAUCUCUGAUGGUCAGAUCCAGGCUUCUACUGGUGCCGUCCCUGUCACUCAGAUCUCUGACGGUCAGAUCCAGGCCUCCACUGGCGUCCCUGUCACUCAGAUCUCCGAUGGCCAGAUCCAGGCUCCUACCUCGACCGCCGCUCCCGUCACUCAGAUCUCCGACGGUCAGAUCCAGGCCCCUACCUCGACCGCCGCUCCCGUCACUCAGAUCUCUGACGGUCAGAUCCAGGCCCCUACUGGCGGCUCCACUCGCGCUUCUAACGGUACUGUCGUUGCUGGCGCUGCCACUGCCUCGAGCGUCAUUGCCUACACUGGUGCUGCUGCCAUGCCCACUUUCGCUGGUGAGAUGCUCAUCGCCGCUGGUGCUUUCGCCGUCGCUUUCCUGUAA